AUGGCCAGCACCGUGAGCCCCAGCACCGUGACCGGGCCCCCGGGCCCCCCCGAGAUGUCAGAGCGCAUCCGAAACGCCGCUGACAUCUCCGUCAUUGUCAUCUACUUCGUGGUCGUGAUGGCUGUCGGGCUGUGGGCCAUGCUGAAGACCAACCGGGGCACCGUUGGGGGCUUCUUCCUGGCUGGCCGGGACAUGGUCUGGUGGCCGAUGGGCGCCUCCCUCUUCGCCAGCAACAUCGGCAGCGGCCACUUCGUGGGGCUGGCGGGCACCGGGGCGGCUUCGGGCAUCGCCACCGCAGUCUUUGAGUGGAACGCCCUGGUGCUGUUGCUGGUGCUCGGCUGGUUCUUUGUCCCCAUAUACAUCAAGGCAGGCGUGAUGACCAUGCCCGAGUACCUCAAGAAGCGCUUCGGGGGGAAGCGGCUGCAGAUCUACCUCUCCGUCCUCUCCCUCUUCAUCUGCGUGGCUUUGAGGAUCUCGUCAGACAUAUUCUCCGGAGCCAUAUUCAUCAAGCUGGCCCUGGGGCUGGACCUCUACCUGGCGAUCUUCAUCCUCUUGGCCAUCACCGCCAUCUACACGAUCACUGGGGGCUUGGCCUCGGUUAUUUACACCGACACCCUCCAGACCAUCAUCAUGCUGAUCGGCUCGUUCAUCCUCAUGGGGUUUGCAUUUGCCGAAGUCGGAGGCUAUGAGAGUUUUACGGAGAAGUAUAUGAACGCCAUCCCGUCCAUAGUCGAAGGGGACAACCUGACAAUUAGCCCCGCGUGCUACACUCCUCGGCCAGACUCCUUCCACAUUUUCCGAGACGCUGUCACCGGGGACAUUCCGUGGCCGGGAAUGAUCAUAGGAAUGACCAUCGUGGCUGCGUGGUACUGGUGCACAGAUCAGGUCAUCGUGCAGCGCUGCCUCUCCGGCAAGGACAUGUCCCACGUGAAGGCCGCCUGCAUCAUGUGCGGGUACCUGAAGCUGCUGCCCAUGUUCCUCAUGGUGAUGCCAGGAAUGAUCAGCCGCAUCCUGUACACAGAGAAGGUGGCCUGUGUUGUCCCCUCUGAGUGUGUGAAACACUGUGGCACGGAAGUCGGCUGCACUAACUACGCCUACCCAAUGCUGGUGAUGGAGCUGAUGCCUGACGGGCUGCGAGGCCUGAUGCUGUCAGUCAUGUUGGCGUCUCUCAUGAGCUCCCUGACCUCCAUCUUCAACAGCGCCAGCACCCUCUUCACCAUGGACCUCUACACGAAGAUCCGGAAGCAGGCCUCAGAGAGAGAGCUCCUGAUCGCUGGGCGGCUGUUCAUCAUCCUGUUAAUUAUCAUCAGCAUUUUGUGGGUCCCGUUGGUACAAGUGUCUCAAAACGGACAGCUGUUUCAUUACAUAGAAUCCAUCUCUAGCUACCUGGGGCCACCCAUAGCUGCUGUCUUCCUGCUCGCCAUCUUCUGCAAGCGAGUCAAUGAACAGGGAGCCUUCUGGGGUCUCAUCGUCGGACUGCUGAUCGGCCUAUUUCGUAUGAUUGCAGAGUUUGCCUACGGAACAGGGACCUGCUUGGCUGCCAGUAACUGUCCCAAAAUCAUCUGUGGCGUGCACUACCUGUACUUCGCCAUGAUUCUCUUUGUCAUUUCCAUCGUGGUCAUCCUGGGAGUUUCCCUGCUAACAAAACCCAUUCCUGAUGUGCAUCUGUAUCGCCUGUGCUGGGCUCUUCGGAACCGGACAGAGGAGCGAAUCGAUUUAGACGCAGAAGAGCAGAGACAGGAAGAAGCUGAUGAUGAUGCUGAUGAAGAUGAUCCCGGGGAAACGCCGGGGUGUUUCAGGAGAGCGUACGAGGCGUUCUGCGGUUUGCAGAGGAAAGGCCCCAAGCUGAGCAAAGAGGAGGAAGAAGCCCUGAGGAGGAAGCUGACAGACACGUCCGAGAAGCCCCUCUGGAGGACGGUGGUGAACGUCAACGCCAUCCUGCUGCUGGCCGUGGCCGUCUUUGCUCACGGCUAUUUCGCCUGAACCCCACCGGGGCCACUAGAAGAUGUAUGAAGCAGAGGACAGCAUUGAUCUUUCACCUGUAGAGUUUGUUGCGAUGCAAAAGGGAGCUAUGCAGUUGCUAAUUUUACCCAAUAACUCGAGGCAUGACUUUUAGCGUUUGCUGUUCCUUUGUGUCAGUGGAGAAAGAGCUGAUCCUUUAGAAAGCCAGUGAGCUGACUCCCUAUGUGUGUGUGUAAACUAGGAGAGUUUGGGAAUAAAUUAUUUUUGUAUGGAGCUCAUCAGAUAGAUUGCCCUGCAUCAAACUUGCUUCCUGCUCUUUCCAGAGAUUUCCACGUAGAAG